AGAUCACAUAAUCAUUGCGUGGUUGUCGAUAAUCGAGCUAUAUAUAGUUCAAGAUGAGACCAUUUCUUCGGGAAUUAGUGUUCACGACUUUGCUGGGCGCAGUCGUAGCUGCUUCAAUCGGGCGCAAUCGAGAUGUGUUCAUCAACUCCGAACCUGAUUUUCAAAAAGCUUUGUUGGUUGUUGAAAAGGCCGCAGAACAGCCAGGAAACAUCGAUUACGAGACCUUUUGCCUUAGUAGAGGACGAGACUCAUUGAAACUACGCUGUCAAAUUAAGGAAGUUCCUGAUGUUGCCUUGUUUGUCUGUCUUAGGGCGACUGAGCUCUGUGUGAAUAUUACGACACGCGUGGAUGAUGUUUUGCUAGGUCUUGGAAAUUCCGGCAUCAAAGUAAUGCAAUAUUCUAACGAUAGUUACAUUGGCGGGUUAAAUUGUGGCGAACCAGGAAAUCCGAAUACACGAUGCUAUGGAUAUCUGGUGGAAUGGCUCUCAGUUGAUCAGGCACAGGAAGCAUCGCUCAGAAGUAAUAUUUAUAUUGGCACAAUCCCAACCUUGGUGGAAUCGAUAAAAAGUUAUCAAGUAACGCAGGAAGCGCUUUCGCUGACCGCUGACGACUUGGGGAAAAUUCUCAAUUACACCCACGAUCAAGGGACUGGUUUCUACUCACGAAUCUGCGGGCUGCAAGGUUUCUUCAUGAAGAAGGGGGGAUUUUCGAUUUUUGAUCCUGAUGAUAUACGUAUAGUGAGUAGUUUGGAUUACUUUUGUCACGAUGAAUAUAUCUAUCCGACUACAGAGAUGGUUGUUAAAUCCUUGAAGCAAAUGAUAGUCGAUCUACGGCCUUCAAACUCCAGUCUUGCAUGGUUGAAAUCCCCAGGGAAGAAUAACUGAAUGUAGUUUUUUGGAUUGGUGUGAUGUGAAAUGAUGUUAUGCGUGGUAAUUGACUGUUUACAGAUAUUAAUUUUGAACAUCCAAACUCAACGUUUCUGAUCCUUACUAGAACGAUAAUCUUUCAACUCAAUUUAAAAUAAGUAUAUGAUUAAUUAUUUUUAAUAUUUCUGUACACCUCUCUGAACAGGAUUCGUGUACUUUUAUAACAUUUUUACUAAUGUUUUUACUGCAUGAGAAAUGCACCCUGAUUCAUAUAUUGUUUACUUAAUUACAACUGCUUCUAAAAAUGCUUCGAACGAACAGAAUAAAUCGACAAAAAUCAAUAAAGGUGUGUUUCCUCUCAACAAUGAGUGCUCAGUAAUAAAAUUGGAUUGAAAUGUAGAUUUUUUACACGUACAAAAUUCAAAAGAACUU